GACACGUGACUGACAGUCUGACACUACUGACAGGAAACUGCAGGGAACAACAUUGAAAACACUUGGAAGAUCGAAAAACGUUUGUUUUAACUGAUUUUCACUUAUUUAAGCUAGAAUAGUUCCAGAUAGUUCAGGGAUAGUUGGUUAUAUUGAAGUAUCUCUUUAUUGUAGACUUUAAAACAUUUGAAGAUGGCUUUGGUUAUGCAAAGAAAAGCAAAUGUCCGUUUGCCACCAGAAAUAAACAGAAUUUUAUAUAUUCGAAAUUUGCCUUAUAAAAUAACUGGCGAAGAAAUGUACGAUAUUUUUGGAAAAUAUGGAGCUAUUCGACAGAUAAGACUAGGGAAUACUCCGGAAACAAGAGGCACAGCUUUUGUUGUUUACGAGGAUAUUUUUGACGCAAAGAAUGCCUGCGAUCAUCUAUCAGGAUUUAAUGUAUGUAACAGAUAUUUGGUGGUAUUGUAUUAUCAAGCCAAUAAAGCAUUUAAAAAGACAGAUAUUGACAAGAAACAAGAGGAAAUUGAUAAAAUGAAAUCUAAAUAUGGAAUUAAUACAUAAAAUUCUGAAUAAUUUUUAAGAAGUAUAUUUAUAUAUAAGGCCAUAAGAUAUUUGAUAAAUAAACAAAAAGCUGUAUUAA